GGACUUCUAAUUCAAUUCAGUAAACAAAACUGCUUAACGUGGUUCAAUUAGCAUUUCUGCAAUCCCAAGUCCUAUUUGAGCCUUCAAACCUUACAAGCAAUCAUGCCGAAAGUUGUCUCGAGGAGUAUAGUUUGUUCGGACGCCAGAGAUCAGGAAGAAUACGGCGACGACAAACCUUUGAGGACCUAUUUCUGCGUUUGCGGCAAUAUGACUCUGAUUUUGGACUGUUUGAUGGAGAAGCUGCCUCUGAGGAAAAGGGACGGCGCCAGGGUGGUGGACGGCAGCAAACACGCACACAAAAUCACUUGCGACCCUGGCGAAACAGUUUACAUCAAAAGGGAGGAAGGAGUUGAACGACAAUUUCGGUUUAAGUGCAAAAAGUGUAGCCUCCUGUUGUAUUACAAACUGGACCAGCAAAGUACGGUCCACUUCAUCGUGAGAGGCGCCCUCAAGAGCUCCGGGGAGAAUCCCAUCAAAGAUUUCUACUCUCAAGCAGCGGCGGCAGCGCCUUCAGCCGCGGCUCCGAAGAAAGUCAUGGUCACCAAGCACACGAAAAACAUGGGCAAAUUCUCGUCGGUCACGGUGUCCACCAUCGACGAAGAGGAGGAUGAAAUUGAAGCGAGAGAAGUGGCUGACUCAUACGCAAACAACGCCAGAAUUAUCGAAAAGCAGCUGGAGAGGAAGAGCGGCGUGAAGCGGAAAACAGAAUCAAGUAAUAUUCAAGAUUAUGUCAAAAUUAAACCAAGAGGAACCCUGAUUGAUCAGUAGCAUCGCAUAACUCUUAUUAUAAAAAAAUAAAUUCUGGAAAUGAAAUUAAAA